AUGCUGUCAUUAGUGUUUUGUUUAUCCCUGGUGGUUCUCAUGGCUGGAGGCUUCUUACCAGAAGUCGUUGCCCAGGAGUGUUUUCCCGAAACUGGCGCCUUCUACUUUGGAACCGAAGUCGAGUAUAAAAACCUCACCCAGCAGAAGUGUGCUACGCUCGUGGGAAGUGCAUACUUCAGCAGCGAAUUCACCAAAAACCUUGUUGUUCCCAAGAUCACCAAUGUCUCGCGGCAAAUCAGCCUCAACGGUAAUGACGUGGUAGAGUCCAUAGAAUUCCCGGAUCUGGAAUACGUGCACUCGCUGUAUGCGGAAGGAUUUUCUCGACUGAGAAGGGUCUCGAUGCCAAAGGUUCGACAUGUCCACACAAUAUCCUUUGAAGUAGGAAGUCCCGAAAUUACGGUUGACUUGCCAUCGCUUGAAAAGGUUGAUGGCCAGCUUCGUAUGAUAGGUAAUUGGACCAGCCUGGACUUCCCCAAGCUCUGUGAGGUCAACGACACUGCCUCGCUCUGCCAGCAUCGUUAUUGCCGUGGCGGGCCUGGCAAGCGCCCAAUGGACAUUUCCUUACCUCAUCUGGAACAGGUCAAUGAGCGGUUAGAGGUUGGAGGCAAUAUCGCGAGCUUUUCCGUACCAACCCUGGCCAAAAUCGGGGCCCAUCAUUUCGGAACCGAGUUCGGAGGGUUCUUAAGUAUUGAUAAUUUCGGAGAGCCGUUGAACGUGAGCCUACCGCAGCUAACAGCGACCAACGGAGCGAUGAUCCGCGGCAAUCUAUCCGACGUGAAUGUUCCAUUGUUGCAAGAUCCGCUGGAGGGAUUUCAGGUUUUCGCCAAAAACCCACUAAGUCUCAAUUUUCCCUUUGAAGAUGGCCGUGAUAUCGUCAUCAUGGGACCCAUUGAUAGUGUCCACUUUCCAAAAAUGAAGAAUUUCACCAGUCUUUGGGUACACAGCGACAAGCCUUUUGACUGUGGCGCCUUGAAGAAGGAGAUCGAGAAAACUGCCGGUGACAUCGGAGAGCGUACCUUCCUUUGUUCUGGAAAGGAUGUGCCGGGUCUCAGUACGGGAGCCAAGGCUGGUAUGGGGACUGGAGUCGCCGCUGUUGGGGUUCUCGUGAUCGCCCUAGGAACCUUCAUGUAG